UGGAAGUCGAAGUAAUUCAAUACACUAAAUAAUUAUUAAUUAUUAAACAUGAAGCUGACAGGUCUGUUUAUGUUGAUCGUAAUGGCGGUGCUCUCACUUUUCGCGCGCUCUGCAGAAAGCGCGCCAAAAGUUAACGUCAACGCUAUUAAAAAGGGCGGCCAUGUUAUUAAAAAGGGAUUUGGCGUUCUCGGCGCAGCAGGGACGGCACAUGAAGUAUACGAACAUAUAAAAAAUAGAAGACAUUAAAAUCUAUAACUAAUUAGUAAAUAAACCCAUUUAUGAUUUAAGUAUUAUAAUUAUUGUCUACAACAUUUUUAGUAGGUAGUCGAAUUAAUCGAGUAUUAAAUUUUCCUAAUUUUUUAUUGUUAUACCAAUAAACGUACAGUAUUUUGUAAUUAUUAAAUAAUGUAAUAAACAAUUUAAAACAUUGAA